CGCUUGUCACGUUACUGGAGACGCCGGUGUCUCGGUGUCCGCGGGGGCGGGGCCGGGGCCGGGGCCGGCCCGCUCCCCGCACUCGGCGCCAUGGCCGGCGCCGGCAGGAAGAAGCAGGUUCGCUUCGCCCGGCCGGAGGCGGAGGACACGCGGCGGGGCGGCGAGGGGCCGGCGGCGGCGGAGCAGAGUCUCCUCCCGGAGCCCGCGCCGCGGCCUGAGGUGAUCGUAGCCGGCGGCGGCAGGAGCCGGGCCGGGGAGGGAGCGACGCUGCUGCUGCGAUGGUGCAUCUCCGGGGUGCUGUGCUCGGCCUUCCUGGGCCUGGGUAUGAGCAUUGCUGUCUUGGGACCUACAUUUCAAGAUUUGGCUGCAAAUGUGAAUAAAAAUGUCAGUGAUAUUUACUACAUUUUCGUGGGUCGUUCUCUGGGGUACCUUGGUGGUUCAGUGAUUGGAGGGAUUAUCUUUGACUGCGUGAACCCUCAUCUCCUCUUGGGGUUAACCAUGCUGGGAACAGCAGUUGGUCUUUAUGCCAUACCAUGGUGUAAGAAAGCGCUAUUGUUAACUGCCCUGAUGUCAGUCAUUGGGACUUCCAUGGGUGUUCUAGACACAGGUGGAAAUGUCCUUGCAUUGAAUAUAUGGGGAGCAGAGGUUGGACCACAUAUGCAGGCCUUACACUUCAGUUUUGCACUGGGUGCCCUUGUGGCCCCAAUCCUGACAAAAAUGGCAUUGGGCAGCUUCAUAUCUCCUAAAGUCCAAACAGAAGAUGAAAAGACAAACCACUCUGUUCCGAGUGAUAUACCUAACGCACUUUCUGGAUCAGCACUGAAACUGCAUUCUAAUGUGAGCUUUAUGUGGUCCUACAUUGUCAUAGGGACCUAUAUUUUGAUAGUUUCUUUGUUGUUUGUUGUUCUGUAUUCAAGGACCGGCUCAGCACGAGAUAAAGCAAAAUCUUCUCUGCAGAAAUGUCAGAUUGCCAAAUACCACUAUGCCCUUCUCAUUCUCCUUUUCCUUUUCUUCUUUUGCUAUGUAGGAGCAGAGGUCACCUAUGGCUCUUACAUUUUCAAUUAUGCAGAGGUUUAUGCAGACAUGAAAGAAAGUGAAGCAGCUAGUUUGAACUCCCUUUUUUGGGGAGCAUUUGCAGCUUGCAGAGGACUGGCAAUCUGUUUUGCUACCUGUUUAUACCCUGGUACUAUGAUUCUGCUGAGUGUCAUAGGUUCCACUGUCUCCUCUCUGUUCCUGGCACUGUUGAGUAAGCAUCCAAUUUCGCUCUGGGUUGGAACAGCAGUGUAUGGUGCGUCAAUGGCUACCAUCUUUCCCAGUGGCAUUUCCUGGAUUGAACAGUACACCACCAUACAAGGAAAGUCUGCUUCUCUCUUCGUAGUUGGUGCUGCCUUGGGGGAGAUGUGCAUUCCAGCAGUGGUUGGGUUCCUUGAAGGAAAACUUCACAAUGUCCCUGUGAUGAUGUAUGCUGCAUUGGGAACAUCUGUAGUGACAGCAGUACUAUUUCCUGUGAUGUAUAAAUUAGCCACUUCUCCCAGUGAGAGUAAGUUAAAAGAUGGUGGUGGGAGCGAGGACCAGAAAGCUUUGUUGUCCAACUUUGAACUUAAUGAAGAUGAGGAAGAUGAAGAGGAUGCAAGAGAAUGGAAUGAAGCAGACUUUGAAGUAAUUGAAAUGAAUGAUACAGUGAGAAACUCUGUGGUAGAGACAUCUCAAAAGAUCCCAGGGGAGUCCCCAGCUAAAGUGUCCAUGCAGCCACCUUCAAACAUAUUUAGUUCUUCUCCAGUGAUUGCUCUUAGCUCCCCAGGGAGAAAGCAGUUCAAUAGAGACAGAGAGAAGAAUGAUUAAAGUAAAAUCUAGGCUGCUUACUUGAAAUGACCUGCCUGGCUUCUGUAAGGUAAUAAACACAAUCAAAUUA